UGCAGCCCAGUCCAGGGAUCCUGCUGCUGCCCUUCCAAGGGGUCUGCACCUCCUGGGUCUCCAGGACAAGGGUCCCUGGUGGGUGGCUCUGAGGACGCUCCCAGGGCUGUGCUGUCCCCCUGCCACACGGGUCCGAGGGCCACUGCAGAGGCUGCUGCUGGUCCCGGGGCUGGGACCAAGGAAGCCUGCACUGGAGACCCAUGUGGAACCCAAGGACACAGCCACCCUGCUGAGAGCACAGCAGCCCAUCCUCAGAGACCGUGACCUUGCCACGGUGGCCCUCGGCCCUCCGCCUCCAGCUUGGGCAGGGGCCACCCAUCUCCAGGUCACCAGCCAUGACAACGUCCGCACUGCGGCGCCAGGUGAAGAACAUCGUACACAACUACUCCGAGGCGGAGAUCAAAGUGCGCGAGGCCACCAGCAAUGACCCUUGGGGCCCGCCCAGCUCGCUCAUGUCGGAGAUUGCUGACCUGACCUUCAACACGGUAGCUUUCGCUGAGGUCAUGGGCAUGCUGUGGCGGCGGCUCAACGACAGUGGCAAGAACUGGCGGCAUGUGUACAAGGCGCUGGCGCUGCUGGACUACCUGCUCAAGACGGGCUCCGAGCGGGUGGCCCAGCAGUGCCGCGAGAACCUCUGCACCAUCCAGACUCUCAAGGACUUCCAGCACAUCGACCGUGACGGCAAGGACCAGGGCGUCAACGUGCGUGAGAAGGUCAAGCAGGUGAUGGCCCUGCUCAGGGAUGAGGAGCGCCUCCGGCAGGAGCGGACCCAUGCCCUCAAGACCAAGGAGCGCAUGGCGCUGGAAGGCAUGGCCAUCAGCAGCGGGCAGCUGGGCUUCAGCCAUCGCCACGGUGAUGACUAUGGCCGCUCUCGCGGUUCCCCAUCCUCCUAUAACUCCUCCUCCUCAUCUCCCUGCUACACCUCCGACCUGGAGCAGGCCCGGCCCCAAACGUCCGGGGAAGAGGAGCUGCAGCUGCAGCUGGCCCUGGCCAUGAGCCGAGAGGAGGCUGAGAAGCCGGUCCCCCCGGCCUCCAACAGGGAUGAGGACCUACAGCUGCAGCUGGCUCUGCGCCUGAGCCGGCAGGAGCAUGAGAAGGAGGUGAGGUCCUGGCGAGGUGCUGACUCCCCCAUGGCCAAUGGUGCUGGGGCCGUUGUCCGACGCUGGCAGGACAGAGAGCCCGGGAGAGAAGAGAAAGAGGAGGAGAAGCUGAAAACCAGCCAGUCCUCCAUCCUGGACUUGGCGGAUAUCUUCGCACCCACCCCGGCCCUGCCCUCCACACACUGCUCUGCUGACCCAUGGGACAUCCCAGGUCUCAGGCCCAAUAUAGAGCCCAGUGGCUCCUCCUGGGGGCCUUCUGCAGACCCCUGGUCUCCUGCCUCCUCGGGAAGUGCCCUGUCCAGGAGCCAGCCCUGGGACUUGCCUCCUAUGCUCUCCUCCUCUGAGCCGUGGAGCCGGACCCCAGUGCUACCUGCCAGAGCAUCCAAUGCAGACCCCUGGGCACAGGACUCCCCCCAUAAACUCCCUGACACUGGGGCUGACCCUUGGGGGGCCUCAGUGGAAACCUCCAACAUGCCUGCUCUAGGUGGCACCUCGACCUUUGAUCCAUUUGCCAAACCUCCCCUAUCCACAGAGACCAAGGAGGGGCUGGAGUGUGCCCAGGCCCUGCCCUCUGGGAAGCACAGCAGUCCUGUAGAGCUGGAUCUGUUUGGAGACCCCAUCCCCAGUUCCAAGCAAAAUGGCACCAAAGAGUCAGAUUCCUUUGACCUGGGUGUACUCCGGGAAGCAUUAACCCAACCCAGCAAGGAGGCAAGAGCAUGCCGGACUCCUGAGUCCUUCCUGGGUCCCUCCGCCUCCUCCUUGGUCAACCUUGACUCAUUAGUCAAGGUACCCCAGGCUGCAAAGACCCGGAACCCCUUCCUCACAGGUCUCAGUGCUCCAUCCCCCACCAACCCGUUUGGUGGGAGCGAGCAGGGUGGGCGGACCCUGAAUCAGAUGCGCAGCGGGUCGCCGGCGCUGGGCCUGGCGGCCAGCGGGCCCAUCGCCGCGCCCUUGGGCUCCAUGACCUACAGCGCCUCCCUGCCCCUCCCGCUCAGCAGCGUGCCAGGCGGCGUGACCCUCCCCACCUCAGUCAGCGUCUUCCCGCAGGCGAGCGAUUUCACACCGCCGCCCGCAGGCCUGCCGCAGCCCCUGCUGCCCUUGUCGGGCUCCGCGGGGCUGCUCAACCCGCCCCAACAGGACGGUACCAACCCUUUCCUUUAAGGGUCUUGCUGAACUGGGCCGGCCGGCGCAGGCGCGCGAGGCCCCGCCCC